UGAAGACAAUAAUAAAAAUAAGUGUAAACUUUGCGAUUUCGAAAUGACAGGCAAACAUGCCUCAAAUUUAAAACGGCAUAUUGAAAGGAAGCACAAGGAGUUGGUACAGAAAAUUGAAACAAAUAAGAAGCAAGUAGCAGCCGACCAGCCACCUAUAAAGCAAUUCUUGGAAACAGCGUAUGUCAAAGUGAAAAUCACCAAAGCUGACAUUUUAGAUGCUUGCCUGGAACUAGUCACUAAAAAUGGGCGUCCAUUAAAAAUAGUUGAAGAUUCUGGUUUUUUAAAAAUUCUAAAGCCCAUGUGUGACGCUUUUAGCCCUCCAUUGAAAAUCAAUCGCUUUAACAUACGGAACUUAAUUCAGGAAAAAGCUAGUAGCAUUCGCUUACACAUUAAAAAUGUUCUACAAAAUCGACUUAUAUCUAUAAAAGUGGAUUGUGUAAGCCGUUUGGAUCGUGCUAUCAUCGGAAUAAACGCUCAGCUUCAUAAUGGUUCGGAAGUAAGGUGCUACACAUUAGCUAUGAAAGAAAUACACGUGCAGCAUACAAGCGUAAACUUAACCACGAUUAUCCAAAAAGUGCUGGAGUCUUUUGAAGUUUCGCUCCGACAAAUAUAUACGCUGACGGUGGACAAUGGUGCCAAUAUGGUUUUGGCGGGAAAUAAACUAAACCAAUUAUGUAGGGUUGACCUCGAUGCAGAGCACUCCGAAUGCGAAUGCAUUUUUACAGAAAUUGAAAUAGAUCAAAUUCAAGUGGAUUUACCUCAGGACUCAAUCACCACAGUGCGUUGCGCAGCGCACACUUUAAAUUUAGUUGUUUCUGAUUUUUUAAAAGAAAUCAAGAUUGAUUUAUCUAAAAUACGCACUUUAUUCCUGCUAGCUGGAGACUAUCGCCAAACCUUUCCUGUUGUGAUAUGCAAGCGUAUGCUGGAUAAGACGGCUACUUUUUAA